AUGACAGCUCCACCACCUGAACUCGUCCAACUUCAAGCUGGAUCUACGGUAAGAAUCAGGGUUACUGUAGUAUUGAAAUUCAACAGAAACAAAUCGAUGGCUUUUUAUAUAAGAAUUUUUGUUGUUUUAAGGUUGAGCGUUGGACAAUAACCAAAAAAUUAGGAGAAGGAGGUUGUGGUGCGGUUUAUUUGUGUUCCGAUGCAACAGGAAAAUAUGCGCUAAAAGUUGAAGGAAUCAGUGAGCAAAUGCAGGUUCUCAAAAUGGAAGUUCUUGUACUUGCCGAAUUGACAAAACGGGGAAGUAGACAUUUUUGUAAAAUUGAGGAUAAAGGACGUUAUGGAAGUUUUAACUAUGUCGUCAUGACAUUGGUCGGAAAAUCACUUCAAGUUAGUUCAACUUUUUCUGUUAGAUGUUAGAAUUCAAAAAUAAAAAAUUAUAGGAUCUCCGCAAAGGAACUCCACAACAAUCAUUGAGUUUGGCUUGCUCUUUGAGUUGUGGAAUUCAAGCUUUGGAGGCUUUGGAGGAUUUGCAUAAUAUUGGCUAUCUUCAUCGUGAUGUCAAACCGGGUAAUUAUACAAUUGGAAGAGCUGAAUUGAACGAAUUGAGAAAAGUUUAUAUUCUUGAUUUUGGAAUGGCUAGAAAAUUCACCGAUAAUAAUGUUGGUUCUUUUGCAUUUAUUUGCAUUUCUAUAUAUAUAUACAUCAUUGUUUUUUACAGGGAGUCAUCCGUAAACCUCGUGCUGCAGCUGGUUUUCGCGGAACUGUUCGAUAUGCUCCAAUUGCUUGUCAUAAACAAAUUGAUCUUGGAAGAAAAGACGAUGUUGAAACAUGGUUAUACAUGCAAGUCGAAUUAACAGUUGGACGUGUACCUUGGAAAGAAUUGACUGAUAUGAAUCAAGUUGGACAAGCAAAAAUUGCAAUUCGAAACAACACCGACAAAAUGUUUGUUUUCCCGUGUCCAGCAAACGAAUUGAAACAAAUCUUGACAAUGAUUGAUAGUUGGGACUAUUUUGCUGAUCCAAAAUAUGAAGAUGUUUAUCGUCUUAUGAAACAAGCAUUGGCAAACUGCGGAAAACCAGAAUUUCCUUAUGAUUGGGAACCAGGACAACCAUUGAAUUGGAUGGUUAAGUAA